CAAAAAUACAAGCCUGUUGCUUUAGAAGUCCGCCUAGUGCUAGCUGACCUUCCUGACAAAUUUCGCAUUGUCUGUAACAUUCGAGGCGACCCCCUUGCAGGCCUACCAACACUCACGCCCAACCCCCCUCCAUUCGCACCGACUGGACAAUAUAUCUCCAAACGACGUGACCUGAUCAACCAAGUACACUCCUCUGACUUUCUCUGGCCAGCAGAG